GCCGCAGCCAUGGUCCGGCACGGUGGUCUCUACUGCGCGUUGCUGUCGCUGCUGUGCCUCUCCUCCGCCAAGAAGAUACCCUGGUGGAACAUCAAGAUGGCGCAGCAGCAGGGGCCCAAUGUGUGCGUGGUGGAGGAGGUGCCCGGCACGAGCCACAAGGUGUGGACCGAGUGCAAGUACUGGCACCACAGGGACAUCUGCGGCCAGAAGCCGGUCAUCAGGUACGAGUGCUGCGAGGGCUACCAGCAAGCGAGGGGCGAGCGAGGCUGCACCGGGGUGAAGCCGCUGAAGAAUGUGCUGGAGACGGCUCGCGAGCUGGGCGCCUCGCAGUUCGUGGAGCACCUGGAGCAGUCGGGGCUGGCGGCCGACCUAGCGGGCCGCGGCGUGUACACGCUCUUCGCGCCGCUUGACUCCGCCUUCCAGGAGAUGUCGCGCGAGCAGAAAGCGCGGCUGGACAGCUACCGGGGUCGCCGCCUCAACCCCGUGCUGCUCUACCACAUGCUCAACAAGCGACUUGCGUCGCGGCACUUCGGGGCGCACCGCAGCGUAGAGACGCGGCACAGCGGCCACCGCCUGCACCUCAACAAGUACUCCAGCGGGAUGGAGACGGUGAACUGCGCGGCCAUCGUGCGCAAGGACCAGGAGGCCAGCAAUGGCGUGGUGCACGUCAUCAGCAGCGUGCUGGACCCCUCGCUGGUGGACGACCGCAGCCUGGUGGACGUGGUCAUGCAGGACGGCCGCUUCUCGGAGCUGGCCAAGGCCAUGCAGGAGUCGCAGUUCGUGGAGCGGCUGCGGUCCAGCCAGCAGCCCUACACCUUCCUGGCGCCCUCCGACGAGGCCUUCCAGAAGAUCCCGCAGAAGAGACUGCAGAGGAUCCUGGCCAACACCGACGCUCGGGAAGCGCUGCUGCAGAACCACGUGAUCCCACACCCCAUGUGCGUGCCGGCGGUGCUGGAGGGCCAGAGCGUGCACACGGCGGGCAGCGAGAAGCUGCAGCUGGACUGCGACAGACGCGGCGUCACCGUGGGGGCCAGCCGGCUGCGCGCCGACCUCAGCCUGGGGCGGGAUGGCGUGCUCUACAUGCUGGACGACGUGCUGCUGCCCGACAGAGCCAAGAGCCUGCUGCAGCUGGCCGAGCAGGAGCGACUGUUCGGGUUCCUGCAGGUCGUCAAGGCGGCCGGCAUGGACGACGCGCUCGAGAACUUCGGCGAGUACACGCUCUUCGCUCCGUCCGAGGCUGCCAUGUACUCGAUGCCGUCCGAGAGAUUUGAGCAGCUGCGGUCAAAUAAAGAGUUGGCUCGCAAGUUCGUCAUGUACCAUGCCACCCAAGGCCGCCUCAACACGGACGAGAUUGCUGACAACCAGGUGGUGAUGUCGCUGGACGAGCAGAACCCUCUGAGGAUGCAGGUCUACCGUCGUGCCACGGGAGUGGAGGACGCGCUCAUAGACAAGCCCGACGUGGACGGCCUGAACGGCUGCCUGCACGUCAUCAACAAGGCUCUGAGCCCGGCCAGCACGUCCGCCGGCGACGUCCUGCGGCACGACGGCAACUUCAGCAUAUUUCUGACGGCGAUGGAGAAGGUGAUGGAAAAGUCCCCUGAGACGCUGGCCCUGGAGAGUCCGGACACGUCCUACACAUUCUUCGUGCCGACCGACCAGGCAUUCAACAAGCUGGGUGAAACGCGCCUCCACAAGAUCAUGGACGACGACUCCUACUUGACGAGGACGAUAAAGAACCACGUGGUGGAGAACAUGUAUGCUUCGGAAGGUUUCCGCUCCGACCUGUACUACGACAUCCAGACCCGCCAGAACAUGGUGGACGUGUUCAAGAAGAACGGGAAGCUGAAGGUGAACGAUGCCAUGAUGACAAAAUGUGACCUUCUCAACACCAAUGGAGUGAUUCACGUCAUCAACAAAGUGUUACUGCCGGAACGUCGCUCUAGAGGAUAACUUUCAGUGGUGACAAAAUAAACCAAGUGUUCAGCAAGUUAUUUCCUAGCUCUCAAAGGAGUGCUGACAACAUGAGGUAUUGAUUUACUCAUCAAAUAAAAUGAAACAGAACUUUUAUUCUGUAGUGAGUGAAAUCAUAAUCAAGAGUUUCAUUCCUACACAAGUUACGCUGUUUCAACCCUAGAAAAACCAAGAAAGUGAUAUUACACAUUAGGAAAAUAUUUGCACUAGAUAGAUACAUAGUUUUUUUUUACCUCUAUAACAGUAAAUGUGUUUGAAAUGUUGAUGGAAGAACUUUCUGUACUCGUGUGCAUUUUAAAUAUAUUAUAAUAAUACAAUUUUAUGAACUAAAAUAAAAAAAUUAUUUUAUACUUUUUUUUUCAGCAGAACAUAUUUAAAAAAUACACAUGGCAUCAAAAUAUUUUCAUUCUAUUGCAGUAAUAAGUAAAUAUAAACACUUUGCUGCAUCUCACAAACUUAUAAGUUCUUUGCUAAAAAUUUGGUGCUAAAAGUUUCAAACAAGCAUAAAAGGGAAGGAUUUUACUUUGUUUAAAACAACUUUCAAAUUAUAAAUACCGUAUGGCUCAUGCUUUUUCAACACUUCUAAGAAUAUGAACAGGUAUAAGCACUUUCCUUGAACUGUGAACCAGAUAGAAAUACAGCAAGCAACAGUGACUCUUGUACAAUGAAUGCCUACAAAUAUCCUGUGCAGGGAAAAUGAUAAAUGACAAAUUGUAAUUUUGUGUUAUUUUCUGUGUGGCCCACAGAAUAUCUCGGUGAAAUAUGUACUUUUUUCUGUAACUGUUUGAUGAAAUGCAUGCAGUGUGAUUGAUGAUAGUAUUAUUCUUAAAGGAAAAUAUAAACAACAUUGUAUUAUUAUCUGACAAUAAUAAAGUACUUACUGUUGGCCUAAAUAA